UGUACUUUUCAGUAACUCUUCUUAGAAGCUUUUAAAGCAUUAAAGUAUAUCUAAAAUAAUUAGUCUUCGUGCGAGUUGCGAAGCGUUUACACCAUUAUGAGGGUUUUGGGAUUCAUAUUUUUUCUGAUUAUGAAUAUAUUCGAGACUACUAGUGGAAAAAGUGUCUGCGAAGGAUAUAUAAAACCUGGAAAUGCUUUCUGCGCGAUUGCUCCUAAUUGUUACUACCAAGGCUUAAGUCUCUUGCACGUUGGACAAGAGCAGUGUAAACUUGCUGAACAAGGAAAACCUCCAUUUCAGAAAAUCAUGGCCGGAAAGUGUCCCAGGGACAAGCCCAAAUGCAAGGUAGCUAGAUAAAGGAAAAACUGCAAGCAAUUUCCCUUCACUUCCAAUAAGUCUUUCUUUUUGAUUGACAACUUUGGGUUGAAAACAGAGUUUUAUGGAACUCUUCAUGUUACUCUUAAAAACAUACAUACAUAAUUGUAUUUACCGAACAUAAAGAUAUGAUUCUUAUUUAUGUAUUUUAA